UUUUUUUUUUUUUUUUUUUUCCUCCAGUCGGGAUUGUCUCCUGAUCAGGCCCCCGGACGCCAUGACCCCGGUCCGCACGCCUCCGACUCUGCCGCCGUGGCUCGCCGGCUGCAGCCUGCUGCUGCUGCUCCUCUCCGCGCCCUCCGCCGGCGCCUCCCUGUCCGAGAUGGUGUUCCGCUGCCCGGGCUGCACCGCGGAGCGCCAGGCGCUCUGCCCGCAGCUCGCCGAGCCGUGCGCGGAGAUGGUGCGCGAGCCGGGCUGCGGGUGCUGCCCCGCGUGCGCCCGCCGGGAGGGCGAGGCGUGCGGCGUCUACGCCCCGAGGUGCUCGGCCGGUCUGCGCUGCUACCCGACGCCCGACUCGGAGCUUCCCCUGGAGCAGCUGGUGCAGGGCCAGGGCCAGUGUCGGCGCAAAGUGGACGCGGAGACGGCCACUUACAGCCCGGAGCAGCGGGAGCGCAGCAGCAGCGGUGAGGCGCUGGAGCCGCAGCCCGACCCGGACGCCAGCGAGAUCCCGGCCGUCCGAAAGCCCGGCAGAGACGCCGCCUGGCUGGGACCCAAGGAGAGCGCUGUGCGCCAGCACCGGCAGGAAAUGAAGACGAAAAUGAAGACCAACAAGGUGGAAGAGGUGAGACCUACUCGUCCGAAACAGACUCAGUGUCAGCAGGAGCUCGACCAGGUCCUGGAGAGGAUAUCCAAGAUGCCCUUCAGAGAUAACCGAGGUCCUCUGGAGGACCUCUAUGCACUGCACAUCCCCAACUGUGACAAGAGGGGGCAGUAUAACCCUAAACAGUGCAAGAUGUCGCUCCACGGUCAGCGGGGCGAGUGCUGGUGCGUGGACCCCCACACCGGCCAGCGCAUUCUGUCAGCCCCGGCCGUGAGGGGCGACCCCAACUGCAGCCAGUACCUGAGCGAGCUGGAGCCGCCCGACGCCACCCAGAUCUGACGCGGCCGAGCGUUGAAAAUAAGCCAAACUGUCAACCGCUCGGGAGCAACCUGAGGAAGCUAUAAGCUACAUGUGUGUAUUUGUCUGCAGUCCGUCUAUCGGUGGUUGCAUCUCAAAUCUUAGCUUCCUAAAAAAAAAAAAAGGUUUGGAUGAUGGUCACCAACUUGUCGCGUUCUGUUUGUGUCUUAGAGCCAGUGAUUAUGCUUUACUAACUGGAACAAUGCUCAGAGUGCUUUGUUACUGGUGUUUUGUACUGUUUGAAAGAAUGGAGAAGUGUGUGGAAUGUUUUUCGGUGUCUUUCCGUGCUCUCGCUUGCAGAUUAGGUUUUUGGGUGUGCCUCAUUUGUGUUGCACAGUAAGUAGCGAGGAUCUGACAUGAUAAAGUGCUAAUGCAAAAUAAAGUAGAAACCUGUUGAGUCUGUAA